AUGCCGAAGAACAAAGGAAAGGGAGGGAAGAACAGGAAGAGAGGGAAGAACGAGGCCGAUGACGAGAAGAGAGAGUUGGUUUUCAAGGAGGACGGCCAAGAAUACGCUCAGGUGCUUCGCAUGCUCGGCAAUGGACGUUGUGAAGCCACAUGUAUCGACGGCACCAAAAGACUCUGCCAUAUCCGUGGAAAGAUGCAUAAGAAAGUCUGGAUCGCAGCCGGCGAUAUCAUCCUCGUCGGACUCCGUGAUUAUCAGGCACGCAAGAAAUUUCAACUUCUAGCUCGAUUUGACGAUAAGGCUGACGUGAUCCUCAAGUACAUGCCCGAUGAGGCUAGGCUCUUGAAGGCAUAUGGGGAGUUGCCGGAUAGCACUAGACUCAACGAGGGUAUUGCUGGAGGUCUUGACGAGGAGGAUGAUGGUGCUGGUGAUGACUACAUCGAGUUUGAGGAUGAGGACAUUGAUAAAAUCUAGUGCUGGAUUGUGAAAUUCAAUUUCAACUCUGGCUUAGAUUGUCCUUUAUUUUCUUUGGGUUUAAUUGUGGUAUGAAUAGAUACAUAAUUGUUCUAUGUAAUGUUUGAUGUGAUAUGAAAGGUUCUCCGUUGGUUGGCUAUUUAUGUAUAAAUAAAUUACUUAUGCUUUGUGAUGGAAUAGAUUGAACUACCUUUUCAUACUUCUUGCUAGCCAAAUGAUAGGAGACUUGUUGCUUGGUUAGAAAGAAGCUCUAUGAUCUUCAUGGUAUUCCGGUGUUUAAUU